AUGUCGCCGAUGCCUUGGGAGCUGCCGGCAGUGGUGCCUCGCCAGUCGUGGCUUGCCUGCACCAUCUUGGUCCUCACGUCAUGUGUGACAUCCACUACUCUAGGCUUUGAUGGUUCCAUGAUGAACGGACUCAACAUCCUCCCCUCGUACACGGACUACUUUACCCUCACCACGGCCACUCUGGCGCUCAACACGGCCUCAGUGUGGAUGGGCAGCGCCAUAGCAGGUAUCGCGUAUGCCAAAGUCCCCGACUGGAUUGGUCGCAAAUGGGCUCUGUUCUUUGGUGCCGUCUCUACCAUCAUCGGUGUCAUCCUCCAGACCGCCGCUCAGAAUAUCGCCAUGUUUGUGAUCGCGAGGAUCAUCAUUGGCUUCGGCACCGGCGCCUCAUCCAUCGCCGCGCCCGUGUACUUGUCGGAGACAGUGCCUGUGAAGCUCCGCGCUGUUUCGCUGGCCCUUCUGUAUGACUUUUGGUAUGUCGGCGGUUUGAUCGCUGCUGGCGUCACCUAUGGCACCGCAAAGAUGGAUUCCACCUGGGCCUGGCGUUUGCCGUCAGCUCUGCAAGGCCUGUUCAGCAUUCUCUGCAUAGUCCUUAUCCCAUUCACACCAGAGUCUCCUCGAUGGCUUCAAGAUCAGGGACGCAGCCAAGAAGCUCUCCUGGCACUGGCACAGACUCAUUCCAACGGGAACAUCGAUGACCCGGCUGUAGCUGUUCAAUUCCGCCAGAUCACCGAUACGCUGGCGUUCGAGAAGUCGUUCGAGAGACCGUCGUUCGUCAAGCAAUUCGCCAACAGCGCGUCCACGCGCAAGCGUAUAUUCUUGGUCUGCACCGUCGCCGUCUUCUCCAUGCUCUCCGGGAACAACAUCAUUUCAUACUAUUUCGGGACCAUGCUCACCCAGGCGGGAGUCACGAACUCGACCACACAGCUGGAGAUCAACAUCAUCCUCAACGCAUGGUGUCUGGUCGUUUCACUUGUGGGCACCGCCAUGGCCGACAAAUUAGGCCGUAGGUCUCUAGCCGCCAUUUCCACGGGACUGUUGACCAUCUUCAUCUUCCUCGUGGGCGGGUUGACCAAAGUCUACGGCGACUCGACAAACAACUCCGGGAUCUACGGGACAGUCGCUACAAUCUUCCUCUUCCAGGGAGCAUACAGCUUCGGCUGGACGCCUCUCACUGUCCUGUACCCGCCGGAAGUCCUCAACUAUGGUCUCCGUUCGCUUGGCAUGGGUAUUUAUACCUUCCUCGUAAACGGUGUGGGGUUGAUGGUGACCUUCUCUUUCCCCUUUGCGCUUGAAGCCAUUGGCUGGAAGACGUACAUGAUCAACGGUGCGUGGGACGUUCUUGAGCUGGUGGUCGUCUUGGUGUUCUGGGUUGAGACUAGCGGGCGCACAUUGGAGGAGAUUGAUGAGAAUCUCGACGGAGAGGUCCACAGUGAGGCGCCUAAGUUGAGGGCUAUCAUGGGUGUGGCGCCAGAAGAUAGGGAGGGAAUUGUGGACGCCUUGGCCUUGGGAAAGGACAAAAAGAUGGAGAUCCUGGGCGAGGUGACAGAGGUGGCCAAGGAGUAG